AUGGCAGCGGGUGGCCCAAAGAACCUUUCAUUUGUGCUAGACGGUGUCAGGAAGGUCAGGUUUGAAGACCGUCCAGUACCAGCACUGAAAGAUGCUCAUGAUGUCCUAAUUACCGUGAAGUAUACAGGAAUUUGUGGCAGUGAUGUAAGCCCGUUUGUGCUGAAGGAACCGAUGGUACUCGGCCAUGAGUCCAGCGGCAUAGUCGCCGAGAUAGGCUCUGCCGUCCAGUCUCUUAAAGUAGGUGAUAGAGUGGCUUUGGAGCCAGGCAUAUGCUGCCGGCGAUGCGAGCCCUGCAAGAGCGGGAAAUACAACCUAUGUGUCGACAUGGUAUUUGCCGCCACUCCCCCGUACGAUGGAACUCUUGCAAAGUACUAUGUUUUGCCAGAAGAUUUUUGCUACAAGCUACCUGAUACCAUGGAUCUGAAAGACGGUGCGUUGAUGGAACCACUCGGAGUUGCUGUCCACAUCACUCGCCAGGCAGAGGUUAAGCCCGGCGAUACAGUCGUGGUAUUUGGUGCUGGUCCAGUUGGAUUGCUAUGCUGCGCAGCUUCAAGGGCGUUUGGAGCAGCCAAGGUCGUCUCUGUUGACAUCCAGGAAGAAAGACUGGAAUUUGCAAAGAAGUAUGCCGCCACAGGGGUGUUUCUACCUCAAAGGAUCCCGCCAAAGGAAAACGCAGAGAAGCUACGGUCAGAGCAUGGGCUCGGUCGUGGUGCGGAUGUGGUCAUCGAUGCGUCAGGCGCUGAACAGUCCGUCCAUACUGGCAUCCAUGUUGCACGGCCGGGCGGAACGUAUGUCCAAGGCGGCAUGGGGCGAGACGAGAUCAGCUUUCCUAUCAUGGCGGCAUGCACAAAGGAGUUGAACAUGAGAGGCAGCUUUAGAUAUAGCAGCGGCGAUUAUAAACUCGCUCUGGAUCUGGUUGGCUCUGGGAAGAUCAGCGUCAAAGAGCUGGUAACGAAAGUGGUGGCAUUCGCGGAUGCCGAGCAGGCGUUUCUGGAAGUGAAGGCUGGCAAAGGGAUCAAAACGCUCAUUGCGGGGGAAGAUGAUUGA